UGCUUUUCAGUGUCAGUCAGCCUGCCUGCUAGGCGCACACAUGUGUGAGUGUGAGCGUUUGUGUGUGUUCUUCAUUUGCGGACAUGCUGUUUAGUGUGUCGCUAAGAAGACAAUGAGAAACCUCUUAUUGUCUUGGUGGAAUGUGGCAGGAGACAACGGGGAAAGUAUGUCAUCGCCCCAAGUGCUUGGCACCAAUGUCCAGUCAGCUUGCACUGUGACACACCACAGAAUGAGAGAGACAGAAUUAAGCUUACUAAAAUUUCACUUUCUAAAGCAGGACGAUGAAUGAAAUCUGCUGUUCAGGAUACAAGAGGAUCACGUUUGGAAAUUUGAUGAUGUUGAUUCAAAAGUUUGAAUCAAGGAUUGGAAGCAUGCACUGAGGAAAGCAAGCCGCCAGACGACCCUUGAGAUGGAGCUUCUCCCUCUGAGUGUGAUGAGUCCUGGAGCUCACCUUCAUCUGCAAGCGGACCCUUUGUGGCUCCAGCGCCAAGCCGUGGAGGACCAGGUGGAGCUGUGGUGGUUCAAAAAGCCGCACGUCUCUCUUGUGUGCUACUGCUUUUCAGUGGCCAUGGUUCUGAGCCUGGGCUCGGCUGGCGUGGGGCUCCUCUCGACCGCCUCUUCUGCUGUUGGGGCCUCGGUGCUGUGGCGCUUGGGCGUAGGAUCUACUCUCUGUCUCCUGGCUCUGGUGGUCCUCAUGAAGCAGCUGCUCAGCUCUGCUGUGCAAGACAUGGGCUGCAUACACAACCGCAGACGCAUCGAGCAGCUGCGGAGUGGAGGAACGGCAGAUCCCGUGCUGUUGCUCUUCACUGGCCUGGCGCUGGUGGUCUGUGGGACUACGCUUCUCAGUCUCACUAAGUCAGACAUGCUGCUUUCUGGUGUGACCCUCCUGGCCAGUGGGGGCGCUGUGGUGCUAGGUGUGAUGGCAUAUGAAGUGAUAGUUUAUGUGCAGGGAAAGAGAAAUGCGAGAAGGCGAAGACGACGAAGGGGGAGAGUGUAUACAGUGACGGGACAAAGGAACCGUCCAUGGAGGGAUUCAACAUCUAGUCAGUCGAAUUUGUUAUGAGAGAUAAAUGGGAAAUUCCUUCUGCCCCUG